AUGCAACAGCAGAUCCUAGUUUCCCUACUCGCAUACUUUACUUAUUGCCAGUGGUAUCUUGCCAAUGCGUGGCUGACAUUUCGUUGGAAUGUAAUCGAAAAAGGCAGUGUCGCACGCAGAAUUUGGCCUAUAUGGUUUCAAUGCUCUUGUCAGUUUAUUGACUUGAAAUUUGGCCUGUGCUUACUUUGUGCUUAUGCGUCCUACUCGAAUGUGGCGAUGAGGCGUCGACAUCGAAUCGCACAUCGUCUAGUGCGUAUUAUAUGUGGCCGUCGACUGCCCCAGACAUGGAACACUGUACUGGUGUUGCUUUCAAUACAUAUGUACCUCACUGUGCCAGUUAUUCUUGCCGCUGGCAUUACUGAACAGAUGACAGGUUAG